AUGGCGUCCCGCGAUGAUUACACAGUCGGGUGGCUUUGCGCACUGCCGAUAGAGGUCGCCGCAGCCAAAGCAACGCUUGAUCGAGUCCAUGACAAUCUACCUCUGGAUCGGAACUCAGACGAUAACAAUAACUACAUUCUGGGCAGUCUUGAAGGCCACAAUGUCGUUGUGGCGUAUCCGGAUUCAGAGGCGUAUGGUACAACAUCGGUGGCCGACGUGGCCACACAGUUGCACGGAAGCUACACAUCUGUCCGGUUUAAUCUCAUGGUCGGCAUUGCGGGAGGGGUGCCCGAUACGAAGGAGGAUAUUCGCCUUGGUGAUGUUGUUGUCAGCAAGCCGACAGCUGGCCGGCCGGGUGUCAUCCAGUAUGACGUGAACGGAGAGCGAACGGAAGAUCAGUUUGUUCGCAGCAGAGUGUUAAAUCAGCCAACACCAUUGCUUCUCACAGCUAUGGGGAAGGCCGAGACAGCCGCCAUUUUUGAUGAAAGUAAGAUGCCCCGAUACAUCUCCGAGAUCGUGCAGAAAGAUCCCGUCACCUUUGCCCGCCCUGGCCCAGAGCAAGACGUCCUCUUCGAGCCGGAUUAUGAUCAUGCAACCAUUGAAUCCGAAGAAAGCGGAUGCAGUCAUUGCGAUCCGGAUAGGAUCCGAUCCCGGCAGCCUCGGGAGGUGCAGGACCCCAUAGUUCAUUAUGGCCUGAUUGCCUCCAGCUGCCAUUUGACGCGCCACGGAGCGACCCGCGACAAGUUCGCGCACAAGCAUGGCAUGCUCUGUUUCGAGACGGGAGCAGCCGGGCUGAGGGAUGCCGCCCAGUACUUGAUCAUCCGAGGAAUUUCCGACUACGCAGAUUCGCACAGGUCCGAGCUCUGGCACGCCUACGCCGCAACAGCUGCCGCAGCGUAUGCAAAAGAGGUCCUCUCUUUCAUACCCACAGUGUCCAAGACGAUACCUCUGGCCACAAACUCGUAUGCCGAGGCCGCGCCUGUUCUUGACGCUUUGCUUCUGACAAGACCCGAAGUUGAUCGGAAGUCCCUCAUUGCAUUGAAAGGGCGCAGGGUUGACGGCACCUGCGAGUGGCUCAUACAGCAUCCCCAUUAUCAAAAAUGGCUGACAGAUGCGACUCAGCCACUCCUCUGGAUCUCAGGUGGCCCUGGAAAGGGGAAGACUAUGCUAGCGAUUUACAUCACCGAGAUGCUACAGCCAGUGGGCGCCGCCGCCGAUAAUGUUCUCCUCUACUACUUCUGCAGUAACCGUGACAAGAAUCGGAAUACUGCAUUAACCAUCAUGAGAGGCAUCCUGCAUCAAUGGAUCGACCUUCAUCCGCAUCUGGCCAAGGACAUUAAGAACUCCUUCGAGGGGACGGAAACAACGAAAUAUACUAUUUCCAGUUUCGUCUCGUUGUGGAGAGCUUUCCUGAUCCUAAUCCAGCAGAGCAGGUCUUCCCAGGUAGUCUGUGUUCUGGACGGUCUGGAUGAAUGCGAAAAGGAAUCACUCAGUCAGCUUCUCGAUGCCGUUGGGAAUUAUUUGUCGAAGACUGGGGAAACGGCAAGGCCACGGCUGAAAUUCAUCAUCCUCUCUCGACCUCAGCCGGCUGUUUUGGAGAGCAAACUCGGCCAAUAUCAGCGGAUACAGUUAGACACCUCCGACACGGAAAUAUCCCAUGAUGUCGAGAGAUACAUCUUCGCCAAAGUUGCCGAACUGGCAUCCGAGCAAAACCUUUCCGCAGAGAUGGUCGCGCAGGUUCAGCAGACCUUGCUGGCUGGCGCUGAUGGGACCUUUCUGUGGGUUGGAUUCGUUGCUAAUGAGCUUCAGGGCAGGAGUUGGAGCAAAAUCGAUGACAUUCUCCGCCAUGUUCCCAAAGGCCUGGGCGGGAUUUAUCAGCGACUUCUUCAGCAGAUCAGCGACAAGGAAGCAUUGGUCCCGAUUCUUCAAUGGGUCGUUCUCGCUGCCCGGCCCCUCACACUGGAAGAAUUGACCGUGGCCGCAGGGAUCAAGAAGACUGAAACUCUUCCAGCAACGCAAGUGACCAAGAAUCUUCUCAAGUUCGGUGGGUUGCUCGUGAAGGUCGAAGGAGAUGUCGUCAACCUGGUUCACGAAUCGGCGAAGGAGUUCUUCCAGAGCGAUCAAGUCAAAAUCAAAGGGAUCAAUAUGUUCCAUAUGAGCCAGGAUACCCACAGGACUCUCAUGCAGACCUGCUUAGCGCACGUCGAACGCGGAUACGGAAAUCCCGGAAGGAUUCACGAAAUGUCUGGCUACGAUCCCUUCUUAUCUUAUGCCAGCCAGUACUGGCCGGUGCAUUUCCACCACGCCAUUCAUGUGAUCGAUACACUGUCCGAGUUCUCACGUCCAUUCUUCCGAGUCGACUCUCCGAUCCGGGGCGAAUGGUGGAAAGUCUACUGGGAGCAGGAGAAGAACGGUGGAAGCCCGCCCUCCUUCACACUCUUGCAUCUCGCGGCAUACUUUGGCAACGUACCCUGGGCCAAGUUGUUGAUCAGCAAGCAUGCCCGUCUCAUUUCGCGAAAGGACAACUACGGCCGGACGCCGCUGUCCUGGGCCGUCAACCAAGGUCACCGAGAUAUGGUAGAACUGCUGCUUGACCAUGCGGUCACCGGACAGCACAGGGGCGUCAUGUCUGUGCUGCUCGAAAACGGCGCCCGUCUCGAGGCCAAGGCGGAGCAUGGCGACACGGACACGCCGUUGAUGCGAGCCAUUCUGGCAAAUUCGAGAGAAAUGACACAGGAAUUACUUGAACACGGAGCACGCGUAGACAAAUUGCCAGCUCUUCUGGGAGUUUCUUCCCUGAGAGGACCUGCGGAUCCGAUGGACGAGAGGGUGAAAGAGCUACUUGGGCUCCAGGAGCAGGUCUUCCUCGCACGCUUCAAGCGUUCGUCGCGAUUUGUCGAUCUGGUCAUGAAAGGGCUGGGCCUUUCCCUUCGCUUUCCCCUCGUUCUCGAAUUGAUGUCCCUCUAUCUCAAGUUUGUGGCGUUGAACCGCUGGGACAGUCUGUCGGUACUGCAGGAGCUCGUCCAGGAGAACAAAACAGACGAACUGCGAGAAUGGGCGAAACUGUACCAUGUGUUCUUUUUGGGACUGGUUGUCGCCAGGAUUCCGAAGAGGCUGAAGGCCAUGGGCGACCUGUCGACGCAGAUCUUGCAGAAGGUUGCGCCCAGAGAUCUCCAGGCACUGCUGGCCAUCACGGUCUUCACCGGCAUGGACACGAAACUCACGGCUGUCCGACACGGAUGGAGAGAAGGAGAUGCCGUCACAGCUGCGGCACUUUCAGAUUGGGCUGCCAUCGCCUGUGACAGGGACGCGUUGGAGUUCUUCCAUUUUGGUAUUCGAGAGUUUUUGAGCGACUUCGAUGGCUGUGUUCGGAAUGGGAAUCGGGAAGAGAACGUACUCCGGACGACCCUACUCAUGACUGGCCACUUCGCCAUGAUCGACAAACAGGAACCAGGGCCGAUUGAGUAUUUCUCCCGGGUCGUCGCGGAGUUCUUCGAAGGAUACAUCGGCAGCAGUUACGAGGUUGCAUUGUUCAGCGAUGCGAAUCAGGCGUGCGCUAAUGAAUUAUUCGUCAUCAGCGAAAGUCGCGACUCUGCCAAAUUACGUCUCUUUCUGACCAGUAUUUUCCAGUUCGCCCAGCAGGCCCACGAGAAGGGACAGGACCGCUUUCUCAACGUACCCUCGGCAGCAUGCUUAAUUCUCUGCCAAGAGGAUGCGACCGCUCACGGGUGGCUGAUUGGUGAGGCCAUCCCGGAGGGAAUAGGGGCGUUGAUAGCGAGGGAACCUCCAGGAUCGCUGCAGAAGCGGGCUUGCAAGACUUUUGUGGAGUGCCUGAUUAUUGGGAAGCAGUAUGGUUUGACAUUACCUAAGGGCGCACUGAGACGAAGAGUGGAACAGCAUCUGCAGUCCUUGCCGGGAGUCGGACAUAUGAUGAAUCGCAUCCUUGGUUCAUAA